GCACCGAAAAAAUCACGAACAGCAUUGUCGCGCUUGCUGGGCAUGGGAUGAGAGUUUUAUCGGCAUAUAUCCUGUUUGGCUUAUGUACUAGGUGAAAUUUACCCGAGUCGCUUUCUUUUUUCUUUUCUUUUCGGAAAGGCGGUAGCUCCAUAGACGUGAUCGUCGGUAUACUUCGUUUUCCUGCUCCGGCAGCGAGAGAAAUCCGAUUUUGGAGUAACCCAGCCGGACCACUAAAGACCACAAUUCAGACGCCUGCGGAGUAAGCGGGUGCGUGGUCGAUUGGGUUACUCUUUACAUCUACAGCUAUGGCCGAUCGGUCGCCGGGAUCUCUACUGGUCCAGCUUCGGUCGACUAUCGGAUUUCAUCUAGCCAAGAUACUGGGCACGUCAGCAGCCACGUCCAGCAGUCGCGGACUAGGCCGGCCAUUUCGUCUGUAUCACGAUGAGCUAUUAUUGUGGUCAAUGGAAAGUUGCUGGAGUUCGAUAUGCGGGAGCGACGUGGACAAGAGAAGACUGCACAAUCCGUUCAAGUUUGCUCUCUAUUCUGCUCGGACAAUUGCUUUCGUGCGCUCGGCCGCUGCAAAGUACUCGACUGUGUUUGGAUAUAAAAACAGCAACAUUUCGGCCGACAAGCGGAGACUUUUCAGUCAAAGCCAUUAUUUAAACAAGAGCGAUGACAAAAACACAAAAUUCGACGACAUCAUCAAUUCUUCAUUAGUCGUCGACAGUAGAAAAUACUGGGACCCGACAAAUUUAUACGAACCUCCAUCGGAUCUGUCAACACUAUCAGAAGCGGAAACAAAGGCAGCUCUAAGGCGACGAAAGUCAUUGAGCGUCGUACCUCCUGAUCCGCAAGGUCGGGCUGAUGCUCUGCAAAAAAUCGUUACCUCGCAUAAUAUCCUUUUGGCGGACCAUGUCGGCUUUCUGUGGAGCUUAUGUGUAGAGUCACCGGAAACAUUCGACAGCAUGAUGGAUAUGCGCUACGAAGUCUACAAUUACUUCCGAGCGAGCAAGAUGAAACGACACUGGAAUCACAUUCUGCAGCUGUUUAACGAUACCCCCGAGAGUAUGCGCACAGAGCUGGAUUAUCAAUACGAUCUCUGGGCGUUGCUGCGGUUGGGUCUCGUCGACCUCGUUCCCGAUGUUUUCAUGGAAGGUGUCAAGAAGUUUGAAUACAGGGCAGAUGCAUUUUGGAAUAUGAUCAAGCGCCACUGCUCCUUUGAUGAUGAUUCUGCUUCUCUACUGGUACUAUGGAGUAUCAACAAAUACAGAACAAACCCUGUCUUUGCCGAUAUCGAUAGUCAGACUUUCAAUCGAGAGCUGCACGAGAUCAUCCAAGGCAUCGCGAAAGGUCAACAAAACCAGCUUCUUUCGAGCGUGGGGUAUAUCUUGAAGAAUCUAGGGGGUGUCGGUAAGAAAAUUUGUCGAAAGAUAGUACCUAUGCUCGCAAAACUCCAGGCGCCGUUGAUGUCGAAGAAGGUGUAUAUGCUCAUCAGACAACACGAGAUGAAGCUCGGAGACCUCCAUGUGAUUGUCCAUCUUCUCAACAAGGGCGGUCUCCCAGAAGAUGCCGCGAAAAUGAUUGCAUACUACGAAGCGCACACGCAUUCGAGCGAGCCCGGCGCCAAGACCCUGAUCAGUCUAAAACUACACACGUUGGCUGCCUUAAAGGACUACGCCAAAAUGGAAAAGUUUUUCGACAGUCUCCACCAGCCUUCAACGGAGCAUUACAAUAUCGUCAUGCAAGCAUAUGGAGAUAUCGGCGAUAUGGAGCGGGUGAAUAUAUUAUUCAAAGAGAUAUUGGAGCGCUUUAAGCGAGUCCCGUACUCUUGCAUUUAUAUAUUAUUGCGGUGUCGAGUCCUCGAAGGCGACGCCGAAGGCGCAGCCCAUAUUUUCUACAAUCUUCACAAAUUCGGUCGCCAGCCGGACGAGAAGACCUACAAUCUGAUGCUCAAGGCGUACAAGGAUCGGCAUGACCACAAGAAAGUGUUUGAGAUCUUUUUCCAGAUGGUGGACAAGCGCAUGAGGAUCGAUGAGCACCAUAUCACGACGGUUAUGUCGCUCUUUUCCGAGCGAGGCGAGGUGUUGGGCGCCGAAACUUUGCUCAGCUAUUUUGAUAUUCUGAAAGCUCGGCCAGACAGCAGUGUUUUCAGCUCCCUGCUCUACGCAUAUGCUCGUAGUCGUCCGGCUCAAGAAUUUCCCGGUCUUGUGAAGAAAAUUAAAAGCAGGAUGACAGAGAAGGGCAUAUUGCCGGACGCGCGGAUAUACAACCGUAUACUGUAUAUGUAUGCUGAGAGGAACAAUUCUGAUGGCGUCAAGGAUAUUAUCGCCGAGAUGAAUCUAUCGGGAGUCCCACUGGACAGCAGAUCGUACAGUAUCAUGCUCAGAUAUCUGGCUCUGCUUGGCGAGUUUAAGGGUGCACAGAUCUUGCUGGACCGAAUGCCCUCGCUUGGAGUCAAGCGCGAUGCCUCCCACUAUACUGAGUUUAUGUUGGGGCUCUUGAAACGUGGUGAAACGAAGAAGAUCUUGAAGCUCAUCGAAGCGAUGCUUGCUGAGGGUAUACAGCCUACUCAGAAGACAAUUACGACGAUCAAAGAGGCCUCUAGGAUCGCAAUGCCAGCGAGGAGGGCUCCAUCUGAAAAUAGUGAGGCUGAAUCUGCAGAGAGUGAUGCUCAAUCUGGGCCCACAGCCAAACCACAAGCUGAUCAGAAUGCUGAAGUCCAGAAACAAGGAAAGCAAUUUGGAAAGCAACCUGGAAAGCAAUCUGGAAAGCAAUCUGGAAAGAAAUCCGGAGAGCGGUUCAGGGUUCGAAAACCGAAGCCAAAGAUCAAGCCAAAGAUCAAAAGACCGAAGACACCUUUGCUCUUAAAAAGGAAACGUGGGAAGCGAAGACCGCAACCUUGGAAACACCCAAAUCUAGAAAGGAUAAAGCGAGGCUCGAAGAAAAAACAUUUCUUUGAUUGAGCGACGAAAGAAGCUUGAUUGUCUGGACAGAUUCAAAAGUUCCUCCGCUUAUUGCAUGGCCGCCGUCGCGUCGGGAAGGAACUCGAGCCGGACAUUAUAUUCACAGAGACCGAAUGCUGAGCCGGCUCAGAAGAUGAAAGCAUGAAGAUGUACAGCGCAAGAAAGGAGAACAGUGGAAGGUUACAUGCCUGAAAGAUUACAGAAGGUAGUGAUGGAACUUGUAAAUAGAUUUGGAGCAUUUAAG